AUGUCGAAGAUCGAAGAAUUUGCAGGUUCUGAUUUUGAAGAAGAUUUGACCUCAAAUAAUGGCCCACCAGUAUUUUUAGCUCUGGUUGAUGCUCCCGUGAAAGAAAAUGAAGAAGUUACUGUGGAGGAUUCGUUCAUUGGUGGGAAACCGGUAUGGUUGGAUGAAAACUCUGUUCCCAAUGAUGAAUUGUUGAAAUGUGGCGCCUGCAAAACAAAGGAAAACAUGAAGCUACUUGUGCAAGCCUUCUCGCCUCUCGAUACUGAACAAGUUGAGGAAGUACAGGGGAAGAAUGGUGUGGAUAAUUUAAAUUAUGUCUCAGAGGAUGAUGAGAGAGUCUUGUAUGUUUUCCUCUGUACAAAGUGCCAGAGGAAAGCUAACUCUGUCCGUUGCAUUAGAGGUGUCAAGAAGAACAGCACUAAAAAGACUUCCGCAUCCCAACAAAUUUCCCAAAAGAUGGAAUCUCUAGUUGUAGAUAAGGAUUUUAAGAUCAACCCAUUUGAUAUCUCGAGCGACAAGGUGAACCCUUUUGAAGCGAACCCAUUUCAAAAGGCAGAUAACACUCCAAAUCCAUUUGCUGUGGCUCAAAUUCAAAAUAAGCCAGCUCAAGAGAAACCAAAGGACACGUCAUUGAAAGUUGCAAGAAAACUGCAUGACUCCCAGCAGGACAAGCCCUUCGAUGAAGCUGAGGCGUUCAAGAGUUAUCUACUUUACGUGGAAGAAGAAUCGUUCAAGAAUAAGAAGCCUGAUCACCUAAAACUACCAGAAAAUUUGAAAAUAGAUAAAAGUGCUUUAGAUUUGAGUGGUGAGACUGAAGCUGACCUAGAUAAGAAUCCAAUUAAAUUAGAUCCAAGAACGGAAAAGUUGUCCAAAUUCCUGGAUGAUGAUGUGUUCCAGAAAUUUCAAGAAGUGGUUGGCUAUAACCCAAACCAGGUAUUACGGUAUGAAUUCGGUGGAAAGCCAUUACUAUAUGCACAGUCAAAGGUGAGCUUUGAGAAAAUUGUGAGCAAUCCCGCAUACAAUCCGUCCUCUAAGCGUGUUUUCGAAAUGCAAUUGAUGCCCAAAAUGAUUUUGGAUUUAGAAGAAAAUGUUUCUUUAGUCGACGGAAUGGAAUGGGGUACAAUUUUGGUAUUCACCGACAUAGAAAACUACACUCCAAAAUUCGAUGAAAAUGGUGUUGGAUACGUCGAAGAGAUCGUCAAAGUGCAAUGGGAAUCAAGAGAGUAA